AUGAACAUUAACGACUUACUUAACCCUGUUACUGAAAACGAAACAAGCAGUUAUAUGCUUGACAAUUCGUUCUUUGAGCAACAACCCGCUCAAAUGGAUAUCAAUGUCACUUAUCCAGCUUACAACAUGAUGGAUAUCAAUGAUAAAGCCUCUGUCAAUGAUUCAAUUGACUUUGAUGGUUUCUUGGCUGCUGCCACUAACAACGUUGAGGCCAAUGAAGAGGACACUUCUCCUAUGGAAGCCAAUUCCAGCAAUGUUGAGGUGGAGUACACCUCUGGAAUGGCCCAAGCUGAACCAGAGCAGGCCAACAUUGAGUACGACCAGUUUGUACCAAUGUACACUCCCAACAGCAGUGCUGAGGCCGUUAGUCUGGAGUUGUUCUCCUUGUUUUUCGAGAACAGUGUUUCUCGUGAAAUCUAUAAUCAGUCUGUCAAGAUCGUAAACGAGUACAUGACAGAACGUGGAUCCCCUAAAACGGAUUCACUUCUGUCAUAUUACAAGGUGGAUACCUUGCUCAAGCAAGAAUACACAGUCAAGGCACAGGUGUAUGACAUGUGUGCCAGUGGGUGCUUUCGUUUCCCUGAUGUCGAGCCUGGAAACUCAAUCGUUGAGAAUGAGACAUAUCAGGUAGUGCCUCUCUCGGAGCAAUUACGCUUCAAGUUGGCUCACCCUGAAGAAUGGGCAAAGAUUACCUAUGGCAUGGAGGUUUUGGCUGGUGGCCAAUCGAAUGUCCGUAAGGAUAUUCUUGAUGGAGAUGGCAUCUAUAGACUGCUCGCAGGUGGGAUUGUUGGCCAGGGUGACAUGGUGGUGUCUAUGUUUGUUGACCAGUUCAACCCCUUCAAGGACGCCGCCAUAUCAGCUAGCAUCAUUCAUGUUAUUAACAUGAAUAUCAACCCUGCCAAAAGUGAAAGCAUUGCCCAGACUAUGUGCUUCCUGGAGAGCGAGGGUCCUGCCCCUAUGAGAGACGUAGGGAGUAUUCGCAAAGCCGAAGGAAGUAGACCUGGUGGUGAGAGAUACAAUGCCUUUGCAGAGUUACCCACACUCACCAGUUCUGCUUUCUUUGGCCAGGACGAGAUGCACCUCCUAGGUCAUAGAACAGGGCACCAGCUCUAUCAAGCCCUUGGUGGCAAAUUCUGCCCUGGGACUGCAGGCCCGGGCAGAAAAUCCUAUGGAAUGCACCUCCAAGAACGCCUGCAACGACUUGAGUACCUCUUUGCCCUGGAUGUUAGCCUAGAUGACAUCGAAAAAGCAGUCAGCACAUCCAGGGCAGAUAUACCCACGGCAUUUACCGAUGCAAAGCAGGCCAUGAGAGACCUGGUGCUGGCGUGCUCCAUUGUCCAACAAUGGAGCAUCACUGCCAGCAACAUUGUUGCCAUGGAGCAGGCAAUUGGCCACUGGCACUCCUUCCUGAGGUGCAAGAUUUCGGAUAGUAAGUUGAAAUCCAACAUAUUUGUGAUGAACCAGCACAUGCUGAUUCAUCUUGGUUUCAUGUUGCAGGAAAUGGGCCCUUUGCGGGCUUACAGCUGCCGUCUGAUAGAAUGCACAAUCAGUGCCUAUACCUCUGCGAUCAAGUCCAGGAAGGAGCCCGGAAAAAACAUGGAAAAUGUUCUUUUCCGGAUGGCAGCCAUCAGUCACUGCCGCGGCAACCGUCCAGCCAGGACUGGACCAGCUGACAGAAGGACCAGCAACUUUGAGGUUGCAAGUGAUGAUGUUGCUGGUCCUCAGCUGUGGUCCAGUCCAACCAGAUGUGGAAAGACUUGGUGGUUUACAGAGUCCGGUCCUCCUUUGACAGUAGACAUGUUUGAGCUAACAAUCUUGUUGUGCUCAAACAUAUGUGGGAUUGAUAUUAAUCAUAAUUUAAUUAUGUUUUUUGAAAGUUAUGGAUUUGUCCACAAAUUCUUUUCUCACACUGUCAAAGGAGUGACCAGGCUCUUUGCAGCCACCAAGAGUCUUUCCAAUGUCAGACCCUUGCUGGGCAUGCUCUUCCCUGUGUCGAGCAACCACUCGCAGGGCGAGAUGAGGAUAGUAGACGUGAAGUCCUUCAAGGGGAUGGCUGGCCUCAUUCACGAUACUAAGAAUGGGGCUAUUAGAGAUAUUGUCUGGCCCUUGCUGACCCACAACCAGUAG